GCGAAAUGGCCCGUACCAAACAAACUGCGCGUAAGUCCACUGGAGGCAAAGCGCCCAGGAAGCAGCUGGCAACAAAGGCUGCCCGUAAGAGCGCGCCAGCCACUGGCGGCGUCAAGAAGCCUCAUCGCUACAGGCCCGGUACCGUGGCUCUCCGAGAGAUCCGUCGCUACCAGAAAUCCACCGAGCUGCUGAUCCGUAAACUGCCCUUCCAGCGCCUGGUCAGGGAGAUCGCCCAGGACUUCAAGACCGACCUGCGCUUCCAGAGCUCUGCCGUCAUGGCUCUGCAGGAGGCCAGCGAGGCUUAUCUGGUCGGUCUGUUCGAGGACACCAACCUGUGCGCCAUCCACGCCAAGAGGGUCACCAUCAUGCCCAAAGACAUCCAGCUCGCCCGGCGCAUCCGCGGGGAGAGGGCUUAAACCGUCCGCUCUAUAACCAGCACAAAGGCUCUUUUAAGAGCCACUACCUUAACUAAAGACGAUCGUGUUUCAUUACACAUAAUUACUAUCCAUAGAAUUACCCAUAGCAUACUUCUAUUUUGGCUU